GCUGCGGAGCGGCAACCGCGGAGUGCUGGCGGAGCGGAGGAAGGAAUCUGAAACAAGCAAAAAAAAAAUCACAAUGUCUUCAACACUAUCUGAAUAUGUUAUUGGUGGAGUGAAGAUUCACUUCCCUUGUAAAGCUUACCCAUCACAGCUUGCUAUGAUGAAUUCUAUUGUUAGAGGAUUAAACAGUAAGCAACACUGUUUGUUGGAGAGCCCCACAGGAAGUGGGAAAAGCUUAGCCUUACUUUGCUCUGCCUUGGCAUGGCAGCAGUCUCUCAGUGAAAAGCCAGGAGAGGAGAACUUGAAUAAAAAGACUGAAGUGCCCUUACCAUGUUGUUGUACAUGCCAUUUGCACAAUUCCACUAAUGAUUUCAGUAUUAAUGUGAACCAGGGAGCUUCAUGUUCUUUCACCAGUCCAAUUGUGACAUCUUCCAUGAAAAAUGAAGUCUCAACUUGCCAAGAACACUCUACUCCAAAAAUCACACUAGCUGCAAAAUUAUCUGCCAAGAAACAGGCAUCUUUGCUUAGCGAUGAAAAGGAUGAUUUUCAAGUAGACAAGAAAAGGAUUCGUCCCUUAGAAACCAAGCAGCAGGUUAGAAAGCGUCAUUGCUUUGCAAAGGAUAUACAGGAUUUAGAUGUGAAAAUUGCACCAGAAAGGAUUGUGAAGCCAAACUCUCCACUGGGAAAAAAGAUAACGUCUUCUCCACAAAAGCUUCCUGGUCCUUGUACUCGGUGUUCCUGUUCCAUUAAAAGUGAAAAAAGUCAAGAUGACGAUAAUAUAACAAAGAAAGAACAUGGGGGAAAAUGCAAGACACCUAAAAUAUUUUUUGGGACUCGUACACAUAAACAGAUAGCUCAGAUUACUAGAGAACUGCGAAGGACAGCAUACUCUGGGGUCCGAAUGACUAUUCUUUCUAGCAGGGAUCAUACUUGUGUUCAUCCUGAAGUAAUCGGUAAUUUCAACAGGAAUGAAAAAUGUAUGGAGUUGAUGGAUGGAAAAAAUGGUAGAUCCUGUUAUUUCAAUCAUGGUGUCCAUAAGAUUAGUGAGCAAUGUGCUCUACAGACUUUCCCAGGAAUGGGCAGGGCCUGGGAUAUAGAAGAUCUUGUAAGCCUGGGGAAAAGGUUAAAGGCAUGUCCAUAUUAUGCAGCUCGAGAACUGAUGCUUGAUGCUGACAUUGUGUUCUGUCCCUACAACUACCUCCUGGAUUCACAGAUAAGGGAAAGUAUGGAUAUCAAUUUGAAAGAGCAGAUCAUCAUUUUAGAUGAAGCCCAUAAUAUUGAGGACUGUGCACGUGAGUCAGCCAGUUACAGUCUUACAGAAAUCCAACUUAGGUUUGCUCGAGAUGAACUAGAUGUCAUGGUCAGCAACAAUAUAAGGAAGAAAAACCAUGAACCCCUGCGAGCUGUGUGCUAUAGCCUCAUAAAUUGGUUACAGGAAAACGCUAAACAUCUUGAAGAAAGAGAUUAUGAAUCAUCCUGUAAAGUCUGGAGUGGAAAUGAAAUGAUCUCUCACUUCUAUAAAAUGGGCAUAACUGUUGCUACCUUUCCAAUAUUACAGGGACAUUUUACUGCUGUCCUUCAAAAAGAAGAAAAAAUUACGACACUUAAUGGUAAAGAGCAAAUCAGAGAAAUACCUAUUGUUAGUUCCUCGACUCAGAUUAUGCUCAAAGGACUGUUUAUGGUACUGGACUAUCUUUUUAGGCAGAAGAGCAGGUUUGCAGAUGAUUACAAAGUCGCUUUACAGCAAACUUACUCUUGGACAAGCCAGAUUGAUAUUCCAGACAAAAAUGGUUUCUUUGCUUUACCUAAAAAUAAGAAACGUUCUAGACAAAAAAUGGCAGUAAAUGUGCUAAACUUUUGGUGCUUGAAUCCAGCUGUGGCCUUUUCAGAUAUUAGUAGUAACGUACGGACGAUUGUUCUGUCAUCUGGUACUCUGUCACCAAUGAAAUCUUUUUCAUCUGAACUUGGUGUGACAUUUUCUAUCCAACUAGAGGCUAAUCAUGUCAUUCAGAACUCACAGGUUUGGGUUGGCACUAUUGGGUCAGGCCCCAAGGGUCGGAAUCUCUGUGCCACCUUCCAGCACACAGAGACCUUUGCAUUCCAGGAUGAAGUUGGAGCACUUCUCUUGUCUGUGUGCCAAACAGUGAGCCAAGGGAUUUUGUGCUUCUUGCCAUCUUACAAGUUAUUGGACAAAUUAAAAGAACGAUGGAUACACACUGGUUUAUGGCAUAACCUUGAGCUAGUGAAGACAGUCAUCACGGAACCACAAGGGGGAGAGAAAGCUGCAUUUGAUGAAAUGUUACAAGUGUACUACGAUGCGAUCAAGUGUAAAGGAGACCGAGAUGGUGCCCUCCUUGUGGCAGUUUGCCGAGGUAAAGUGAGUGAAGGUUUGGAUUUCUCAGAUGAAAAUGCCCGUGCUGUCAUAACAAUAGGGAUCCCAUUUCCAAAUAUGAAAAAUCUUCAGGUUGAAUUAAAGAGAAAAUACAAUGACCAACAUUCAAAACUAAGAGGUCUUUUACCUGGCCACCAGUGGUAUGAAAUUCAAGCUUAUAGGGCCCUGAACCAGGCACUCGGCAGGUGUAUUCGGCAUAAAAAUGAUUGGGGAGCUCUUAUUUUAGUUGAUGACCGCUUCAGGAGCAACCCAGAUCGAUAUAUAUCUGGACUUUGCAAAUGGGUUCGGCAACAGAUUAAGCACCAUGCAACUUUUGAGAGUGCAUUGGAGUCCUUGGCUGCAUUUUCUAAAAAGCAUCAAAAAGUCAUUGAUGUGUCAUCCCCAAGUAGUAACAAGUCUGCACAAGAAGUGGCCUGUUCAAAGGAUGAGUCCUCAACAUCUUUAUUAGAAUCAACAAUUCACCUAUCACCAAAUGUUCUUGAAGAAGAUGAAAGGAAACCUUUUGUCCAGGAAUUUCAGGCUUCUGCAGUGAUGGCUAUGGAGCUCAAAAUACACAGUCACCCAAGUAACAUCCUCACAGCCCGGAAUACAAAUGAUUCAUUGUUGUUGGAAUAUUCUCCACAGAAAAUAAAGAGGGAAAAUUUUUUAAUAUCAAGAUCCACAAGUCCAAUCUUCAGUAAACAAAUAGAAAGCAAUAGCUGUCCCAAAUCUGACUCUGUGAAGAGAGAUUUUACCCCUAAGUCACUGACUUCCGUACUUGUGCACACAUUUUCAGAGAACCAUGACAUCAAUAUUGUCCCUUCCAGAAAGGAGAAGAGGGAAAGUACAGUCGGUCUGUCUCUCACCAAUAGAGGCCAGUCUUCGUCCCUGUCAGGAAACAUACCAUUUGGCCCAGGCCCACAGUCAGAAACCAUUUCUUCAUCAAUUAAAAGGACCAAUGCUGUUAGUAAAAAAGAUCCUGCUGAACAGCUUCUGUACCCUGAAGAAGCCCUGGAUCGAGACAUUGAUCUUAGUCCUGUAUGUGGAGAAGCUGAAUUUUCCAAUGUGAAUGUAGAUAUUGAAACAACAGAAGAAGAUGAAUCUGUCUAUUUCACACCGGAACUUUAUGAUGCUAUAGAAUCAGAUGUAGAAGAAAAUGAAGAGCUACUUGAAACUGGUGGAAUAAAUCAGAAGACUGAAAAUUCAGAUUACAUUAUAGCAAAAAAUCUUUUGGAAAUUGGAUGUGCCAAAGGAAUGGGUUCAGAUCACACAGACAUGAGGUUGAAUAGAAUCAUGCAAAAUGAAGAACAUGAAGUUGACAACAUUAGUAAUAAUGUAAAGGCAGCUAAUAUACAUGAACAUGAGCUGGAAAGAACUCAGGAAAUGGAUACCAUAGGUAACAUCAGCACAUGACCACCAUGCUGUUUAAGGUUUCUGGACCAAACUUCAGUUUAAAUGAUUGCUCUACCUCUGAUAAAUGAUAUAGAUGCUUCCAAAAAACAGCAGGCAGCCUCAUUUUCAAGCUAAGUUUUUAAUCACUGUUUAAAAUGGCACCUGAUUUUAUAAACUCUUAUUUUCUAGUUGAAAGGGCAUAUUAUGCUAUUUUCCAGUUUGUUUUUUGAGGUGAUACACACAAAAAUAGUUUCUUCUAGAAAAUCUUUCUUGUCAAAACAGAUUCCACAUUUAACAUGGUAAAGAAUAUGUGGGUUUUCUUAGCCUGCCUCCAAUUUUACUUUAGCACUGAAAUCUUGUAAUCCCCUCCUUCUCUUAUUUCAUAUUUACAUACAAAGUUCAGAGAUUACCUCUUUUGGGGAUGUCAGUCCUGAUUCACUUGUUAAUUUUACCACACACCACGUAAUAGUCCUCUGGUAUGCCCUUAAUCAGCUUCUCUCUUUAAAGUUCAUAUCAGAUUCUUUUGCCAGCUUGUGAUAAAUUUAAAAUAGCAGUUAAGGUAAUGCAUGUAUUUUUAAUUAAAACUUAUUUUACCCUCUUUGCAUGAUAAGCUGAAACCAGUAGAAUUUGUAAACAAACUUUUAUAGUGUCACAUCAAGCUUCAAACGACCAACCCUGACAUGUUCAGGCAGGCUGAAAAAUGAGCCGAAAGAUAAGAGUACAAUUAAAAUGUGCCCCCUUGUGGCCACAUCAACGUCGAGCCUGUUAUUUAUUGCUGCCCUCAUUUCCAGUAGUCCAAAAAUAUAGUCCAAAAACGUCUGUGAAUGAACAUUUAUUCCUCAUCAAAAACAGUUAUUGAAAAAUAUGCUUUGCUGUAUCAUCACUUUGAAAACAUACUGACUUUUUUAUAGGAAGUAUUCUUUCAUUGGAUAGAUAGUUAUCAUAGAAUUUAGAUUGUAUCAGGACCCUAAAGAACAUCUGGUCUAGACCCUCUCAUUUUAAAGAUAAGGAACUGAGGACUAGCGACCUUAAGUGAUCAACCCAAGACCACACAAGUUUUAAGUACCAGAGCUGGGAUUCAGACCCAGUUCUUUUGGCUCCAAAUCCACUGUUGUUUUUCCCACCAUACUAUAUCAUGUCACUCUUCCUCUCAUCGUUGAAAUUGAAAGUGCCUUUCAGAUUAUGUUUGUGUUUUCUGAUAUCUUACAGAGCAAGAAACCAGUAGAUUUCUUAUCAAGAAAUGGGAAGUUAUACAUAACAACUUUAAACACAGUUCAAAGAGAUUUAGUUUUAUUGUUCACCAGUUAAAGGUUUUGGAUUCCCAAAAUAAUUCCUCUUGAUACCUUGUCUUUUCCUUUUAUUUACCAUUGGUAAUUGACUGUAAACAAUAGAUUGAAAGUAAUUUUUGUAAUCAUAGGAUCAUGAUUUUUAGAUCUGGAAGGAUCCUCAGACCUAAUCUAAUCCCAUCAUUUUACAGUUGAGGACCCUGAGAUACAGAGAAGU